AUGGCUCAGAUAGAGAUCUGGCCGGAAAAUGAGUUGCAAACAAGGAGUCGUAUAGUUACGAAUCAACUUAAGGAUCGCGACAAUUGCAUCAUAUUGAAGAUCGAUACUCACAUGACUACAGUGAACAACAUUUCACCAUUUGGAUUCCAUUUUGAAUUGGAUAAAAAGCGCUAUAAAAAACGGAAGAAGCAAAUACAGCGGCAAAAAAUCACUCAAUGGUUCUCCUGGUUAGCAUAUUAUCAUCAUAAAUUCGGUAUUCGACACAUCUUUUUAGUUUUGCUACUAACAGCUUUUGUUUUUAUUGGCGGUGCUAUAUUUUUUAAACUAGAGUCUUCUCAUGAAAUUACUGAUCUCAAGCAAACUAUCUUACUUAUGCAAGGAAUUAUAGCUGAAAUGACUGUGGACGUUAUAAACGUGACUUUGUCUUAUAAUGGCACUCAGAGGGACGAAAAGGUCGCAAAAAUGUUGAAGACAUACUAUAAAACCAUGUUGGAAGCGGAAGGCCGAUUUCAUGGUAGUGUUUGGCACAAAGCCGAAAAUUUGGACAUGCAUCUGAUGUGGUACUACUCUAGUGCAACCUUUUACUCGAUGACGUUAUUCACAACAAUUGGUUACGGUACAAUUGUAUGCCAGACGUUUUGGGGACGUGCACUGUCUGUGGUAUAUGCAUGCAUUGGUAUACCGCUUAUGUUAGUCGUACUGGGAGAUAUUGGGGAAUGGUUCCAGAAGAUCCUCACAAAAACAUACAUCUACUUUUUGCUCAAGUGGCGGAGCUUUCGGAGACGAGAGCUAACCACACCUCUUUGUGACAUUUUUUUGCCAAUGUGGAUUGCAUUACCGCUAGUACUUUUGUAUAUAGUCGUCUGCACCUUAGCCAUUCAUUGGUUUGAUCACAACGAAGGAAAUAAACCAGGGAUAAACUUUUCUGACGCCUUCUACUUCACAUUUAUAAGUUUGACAACAAUUGGACUUGGAGAUGUAAUGCCAUAUAAUAUACAGUACUCACCUUUCCUGGCUGCAGCAUUUCUACUUGGCCUUGCUUUAGUUAGUAUAGUGAAUACAAGCAUUUACGCUCAACUAUACGAUAUUUUUUUCACCUUUGUGGAAGACGUCGAAAAACAUCUGGAACGAAUUCACAAGGAACAUUUUCGUGGACAUGGAUAUCGCGUAUUUCAGGAUAUAGAGCCGGUAUUCAGACUACUUGUUCUCUCAUUUCCACACAUAGCUAGGAAAGCAAAAGAAGAAUGGGACGAAACUGUGCAAGAAAGCUUCCAUUUAGUCAAGAAACCAAAGAAGACAGUUCGGAUGGAAGUACCUGCUCACAUUCGAAAGCGUACCAUAUCGGACAUAGCUGCUCACGAUGAGGAACAUGGGCAUCCGAACGAAAAACCGCAAACUUCUCGACGAAGGGCGCCGACUCUUGGGGCGAUGGGCGGGUUUGAUUUGGCGAAGUUUAGAAAAAUGCAUGAUGAUCGUAGAGCGCAAGAAAGAGCGAAGAAUAUGAAGAAAAGAAUGCCGAUGGUGGAGUCCGAUUCCACCACUGAUGAAUCUCAGAGUGAACCGGAGACGGAUGUUGAAGAGGUCUCGUCCUCUGAGGCAUCGCACGCGAUUGAUCUGAUAUGA